GUCGAAUCCAGUUACUGGGCAGGAGCAGGGUUGUGGGGUGUGGUUAAGUAGGCCUGUGUGUGCCUCCGAGAGGAGAGAGCCACCUGCUGUGGAUCAUUCUGUCCACCUCAUUUUGCUUCAGAAGCUGCUUUGCAGAAACUGAUUCAACAGGACAAAAAGACAGAAACCAGACUCCUGCUCCCACUGCGGCUCAGACUUCCGCUCCUUCCAAGUACCAUCGAACUCGCUCUGGAGGGGCCAGAGAUGAGCGCUACCGAUCAGAUAUCCACACAGAAGCGGUUCAGGCUGCCCUCGCAAAGCACAAAGAACAGAAGAUGGCUUUGCCCAUGCCCACCAAGAGGCGGUCCACCUUUGUCCAGUCUCCUGCGGACGCGUGCACUCCUCCCGACACGUCUUCGGCCUCUGAGGAUGAGGGCUCCCUGAGACGCCAGGCCGCGCUCUCUGCUGCCUUGCAACAAAGCUUGCAGAAUGCCGAGUCCUGGAUCAACCGCUCGAUUCAGGGAUCGUCCACCUCUUCAUCUGCAUCUUCUACGCUGUCCCACGGAGAGGUCAAAGGAACCAGUGGGUCUCUAGCUGAUGUAUUUGCCAAUACCCGAAUAGAGAAUGUCUCAGCUCCUCCUGACGUCACUGCAACUACCUCUUCCUCCUCCUCCUCCUCACUUCGCCCAGCAAACAUUGACCUGCCCCCUUCCGGCAUAGUUAAAGGCAUGCACAAAGGAUCCAACAGGUCCAGCCUUAUGGAUACGGCUGAUGGUGUUCCUGUCAAUAGCAGAGUAUCCACAAAAAUCCAGCAGCUUCUCAGCACUCUGAAACGACCCAAAAGGCCCCCCUUAAAGGAAUUUUUUGUGGACGACUCUGAAGAAAUUGUGGAAGGUAUACCUCAGCCAGAUCCCAACCAGCCAAAGCCUGAGGGCCGACAGAUGACGCCAGUGAAGGGCGAGCCCCUCGGAGUCAUCUGUAACUGGCCCCCUGCACUAGAAUCCGCCCUGCAGCGCUGGGGCUCUACCCAAGCCAAGUGCCCCUGCCUGACCGGGCUGGACGUGUCCGGGAAACCAGUCUACACCCUCACAUACGGAAAGUUGUGGAGCAGAAGUUUAAAGUUGGCCUACACGCUGCUUAAUAAACUGGGGACCAAAAAUGAACCUGUGUUAAAACCUGGAGACAGGGUUGCCUUGGUUUACCCCAACAAUGAUCCUGUAAUGUUUAUGGUGGCUUUUUAUGGAUGUCUCCUGGCAGAGGUGAUUCCAGUACCCAUAGAAGUACCACUGACCAGAAAGGAUGCCGGAGGUCAACAGAUUGGCUUCUUGCUAGGGAGCUGCGGGAUUGCCUUGGCUCUCACCAGUGAAAUCUGUCUGAAGGGCCUGCCAAAAACUCAGAACGGAGAGAUUGUGCAGUUUAAAGGUUGGCCUCGGCUCAAGUGGGUUGUAACAGAUUCCAAGUACCUUUCAAAGCCUCCCAAAGACUGGCAGCCCCACAUCGCCCCCGCUGGUACAGAGCCAGCGUACAUUGAGUAUAAAACAAGCAAGGAGGGGAGUGUGAUGGGGGUGACAGUGUCCCGGCUCGCGAUGCUGUCUCACUGCCAAGCUCUGUCCCAGGCCUGCAAUUAUUCCGAAGGAGAGGCCGUAGUCAAUGUUUUAGACUUCAAGAAGGAUGCUGGGCUGUGGCAUGGCAUGUUUGCGAAUGUAAUGAAUAAGAUGCAUACAAUCAGUGUGCCCUACUCUGUUAUGAAGACCUGUCCUCUCUCUUGGGUCCAGAGAGUCCAUGCCCACAAAGCCAAGGUGGCUCUCGUGAAGUGUCGGGACUUACACUGGGCCAUGAUGGCCCAUCGGGACCAGAGGGACGUGAGCCUGAGCUCUCUGCGGAUGCUGAUUGUCACCGAUGGCGCCAAUCCCUGGUCUGUGUCAUCCUGUGAUGCUUUCCUGAGUCUGUUCCAAAGCCACGGACUGAGACCUGAGGCCAUCUGCCCAUGCGCCACAUCUGCCGAGGCCAUGACUGUAGCCAUCCGCAGGCCUGGAGUUCCAGGAGCUCCCUUACCAGGAAGAGCCAUUCUCUCAAUGAAUGGAUUGAGCUAUGGGGUCAUACGGGUCAAUACUGAAGAUAAAAAUUCAGCACUGACAGUCCAGGAUGUGGGACAUGUGAUGCCUGGGGGUAUGAUGUGCAUUGUGAAACCAGACGGACUUCCUCAGCUCUGCAAGACAGAUGAAAUUGGCGAGAUCUGUGUCAGCUCCAGGACUGGAGGAAUGAUGUACUUUGGACUUGCUGGUGUGACCAAAAAUACAUUUGAGGUUAUUCCAGUGGCCUCUUCAGGCUCUCCUGUGGGAGACGUGCCCUUCAUCCGGUCAGGGCUGCUGGGCUUUGUAGGGCCGGGUAGCUUGGUGUUCGUGGUUGGAAAGAUGGAUGGAUUGCUCAUGGUUAGUGGUCGGAGACAUAACGCUGAUGACAUUGUGGCUACUGGCCUGGCUGUGGAGUCCAUCAAGACUGUCUAUCGAGGACGAAUUGCUGUGUUUUCUGUGUCUGUGUUUUAUGACGAGCGCAUCGUGGUGGUAGCGGAGCAAAGGCCUGACGCCUCCGAGGAAGACAGCUUCCAGUGGAUGAGCCGCGUGCUGCAGGCAAUCGAUAGCAUCCAUCAAGUAGGCGUUUACUGUCUUGCUCUCGUGCCUGCCAACACAUUACCAAAAACUCCACUAGGAGGGAUCCAUAUAUCUCAGACGAAACAGCUCUUUCUGGAGGGAUCUCUGCACCCAUGUAAUAUCCUCAUGUGCCCACAUACAUGUGUGACGAACUUGCCCAAACCCCGACAAAAGCAACCAGGUGUAGGCCCUGCCUCUGUGAUGGUCGGGAAUCUGGUUGCCGGCAAACGCAUAGCACAAGCUGCCGGAAGGGACCUGGGGCAGAUUGAAGAGAACGAUCUGGUGAGGAAGCACCAGUUCCUGGCAGAGAUUUUGCAGUGGCGAGCCCAGGCAACUCCUGACCAUGUGCUCUUCAUGCUGUUGAAUGCCAAGGGAACCACUGUGUGCACAGCCAGUUGCCUUCAGCUUCAUAAGCGAGCAGAGAGGAUUGCAUCAGUGCUUGGUGACAAGGGACAUCUAAAUGCAGGGGACAAUGUGGUGUUGCUCUACCCUCCUGGCAUCGAGUUAAUCACUGCAUUCUAUGGCUGCCUGUAUGCAGGGUGUAUACCUGUGACUGUGCGGCCCCCCCAUGCUCAGAACCUCACAGCCACGUUGCCCACAGUGCGCAUGAUCGUCGACGUCAGUAAAGCAGCGUGCAUUCUCACCACUCAGACACUAAUGAGGUUGCUGAAGUCUCGAGAGGCAGCGGCAGCUGUGGAUGUGAAAACCUGGCCGACCAUCAUUGACACAGAUGACUUACCCCGGAAACGGUUACCUCAGCUGUAUAAACCGCCCACUCCUGAGAUGUUGGCGUAUCUUGAUUUUAGUGUCUCCACAACCGGCAUGCUUACGGGAGUGAAGAUGUCCCACUCCGCGGUCAACGCCCUCUGCAGAGCCGUCAAGCUCCAGUGUGAGCUGUACUCCUCGCGGCAGAUCGCCAUCUGCCUGGACCCGUACUGCGGCCUUGGCUUUGCGCUCUGGUGUCUCUGCAGCGUCUAUUCCGGUCACCAGUCCGUCUUGAUCCCUCCUCUGGAGCUGGAGAACAACCUCUUCCUCUGGCUGGCCACCGUCAACCAGUACAAGAUAAGGGACACCUUCUGCUCCUACUCGGUGAUGGAACUCUGCACUAAAGGCCUGGGGAACCAGGUGGAGGUGCUGAAGACCCGAGGGAUCAACCUCUCCUGCAUCAGGACCUGUGUGGUGGUGGCAGAGGAGCGGCCCCGCAUCGCCCUCCAGCAGUCCUUCUCCAAGCUCUUUAAAGACAUCGGUCUGUCCCCUCGCGCUGUCAGCACGACCUUCGGAUCCAGAGUCAAUGUGGCCAUCUGUUUACAGGGAACCUCGGGACCUGAUCCCACGACUGUGUAUGUAGACCUGAAGUCGCUGAGACAUGACAGGGUCCGUCUUGUGGAACGGGGCGCCCCCCAGAGCCUCCUGCUCUCUGAGUCUGGAAAGAUCUUACCUGGAGUAAAAGUGGUUAUCGUUAAUCCUGAGACCAAAGGGCCUGUGGGAGACUCUCACCUGGGUGAGAUCUGGGUGAACAGCCCCCAUACAGCCAGUGGCUACUAUACCAUCUACGAUAGCGAGACUCUUCAGGCUGAUCAUUUCAACACCCGCCUGAGCUUCGGAGAUGCUGCUCAGACUCUCUGGGCCCGGACGGGAUACCUUGGGUUCGUCCGCAGGACCGAGCUCACAGCAGCCACUGGAGAGCGUCACGAUGCCUUGUAUGUGGUGGGUGCGCUGGAUGAGACGCUGGAGCUGAGAGGAUUACGAUACCAUCCGAUUGACAUAGAGACCUCUGUGUCCCGAGUCCACAGGAGCAUUGCCGAAUGUGCCGUGUUCACGUGGACCAACUUGCUGGUGGUGGUUGUGGAGCUGUGUGGCUCUGAGCAGGAGGCCCUGGACCUGGUUCCUCUGGUGACCAAUGUGGUUCUAGAAGAGCAUUACCUCAUCGUUGGUGUUGUGGUUGUGGUGGACCCGGGGGUCAUCCCCAUCAACUCCAGAGGAGAGAAGCAGAGGAUGCACCUCCGAGACAGCUUCCUGGCCGAUCAGUUAGACCCUAUCUAUGUGGCCUAUAACAUGUAGCGGGCCUGUAGGGCCAUCCUAAGGCUCAGAGAGACCCGAGGCCCGCGGCUAGGGGCAGGCUUGCAGCUGACAUGAAGAUGGCUCCAGAGCAGCCUUCAUCUCAUCCUGUGCAGUUCUGCAGCCCCAGAACACCCAGGAAAGGGGAAUUCUGCCACAGCGCGUACUGACGCAGGUCCAUGCAUGUUGCAUUUCCCCAUCUGGUAUACAGACCUGUAUUUUUACCUAAUAUUUAGACUUUUGUAAGGGAGUUCAAUGAAUUCACAUGAAGGGGUAUCUGAGUCCUACAGUUCCCCGCUCUGUACUGUAUUUUGCCAUUUUCCCGUAGUCAGGUGUUCUGCGGGGUUUCUUAAUAUGAAACUACCAAGCUUGAGUCAGCCCGUAAGCAAAUCAAAUAACCUGUGUGAGAGCCGCUUUAUGUGUCUAAUUCUCAGUUAUAAACACCUGACCAGUGUUUAAUCGUGUAAAUAAGAGUGCGCAUAACUAACUCAGCUAAGGAACCGACCAAUCGGCUUGCCUAGCUGCAGCCGGCCAGUGUAGCUGGGCUCCCGCAGCUGGCCCGGCAGCAGCGCAGCGCCUCCUGUCUGUGGGGUGUGGGCGUGCACUAGGGCUGCCUGUGUCUGUUUUCACCGCUUGUAUUCCCAGAAUUAGCUUGAGCUUCUAAGGAUUCUUCAACCCAUUCCUCUGAGCUGAAAAAAGAAAUCUCAUGUCGGAAUUUUCAAGGUAGCUAAGAUUCAUCCGUUCCUAACCCACUGCGGAACUGCGGUAGUUCACUCGGGCCAGUGUUGAAACUGUUUUCGCAUUUAGAGUGACUGCAGAGAAUUGCGAAGUUCCGCUUUUUCCAUGCUCUGUGUCUGCAGGUGUAGAGCUUCCCCCACCCCUGAAAACUGAGGAGUGAGCUCUGUCCUCCGAAGUCUGAGGGCGAACGCCAGGCUGGGAGGCAGUGGGGUCAGCCAGCUCUUGAACUGUGGGCCACAUGCGCACAUCCUAACACUAACCAGCCGGGGCUGCCAGAAUAGCCAGGCUCCUAGGAAACAGGGAAGUCUGAUGUAUGCAAGAAACUCUUUUGAAAUAACUGGUGCCUGGGCCACACUCAGUGUUGGACUGAGUUUGGCCUCUGGCUCAGUUUCCUUUGGUCUGAAACUUCAUGUAUUUGAAUAUAGUUAAAUUUUAUUAUUUUUUUCUUACAGAAAUAUUUUUAAAAAUUAAAGAAAACUUCAAGUGAAAAAGAAUUAACCUGUUAAAUCAGAAUGGUUCUCUUUGACCUGUUCUGGUCUAUUGUGUAAAUAUUUAUUUAGACUAUUUUGAUAAUACAUAUUAUUUACCCCACUGUAACAUCCUGUAAACUAAAUGUGUUUUUAAGCAAUUUGUAAGACUUGUAAUUACCCUAAAAAUACGGUUUAUUAAGCAAAGACCAGACUCUUCACCAGGCAGCACUCCUGGGCUACCUUCAGUCUCAUGACUCAGCCUCUGUGGCCCUUCUCCAUAUCGGCCCCUCCCAGCUCCUGUUCCCCAGAAGGAAGACCUCAGAGCCUCCACCUCAUUUGUGUUUUGGGUAGGAUUGGUUUGCAUGUGAUGAGGGAGGUUGGGGUGUACAGGAAAGGGGUGCUGCCUCCUGGGCAGAGUGACAUCCCAUCCAGGAAUCGCUUCAUCUACAAAGGAAACAGCCUGCUUGUUUUGGAAGUCUUAAAACUGUUUUGCUUUGUUUCUUUAUUUUUUUGUUUGUUUGUUUAGUUUCCUUUGUAUUUUGAGAUAGGGUCUUUCCACGUAGCCCAGGCUGGCCUGGAACUCCACCACCCCAUUGCUGAGAUUACAGACACAUGUAAACUCUUAAAACAGUUUGUGAUUCUUUACCAAGCAAAGCAGGUGCCUGGGUGUUAAACAUUCUAUGUCAACAAUCUGCAAGUUCUAAGAAAAAAACUGUAGACCAAUCUAUCUUGAAUGGUAACUCUUACAAAUGCAAAUUAUUAACUUGUUUUCACCAGCCGGGGACACAUUGUCUGAAUAAUGUAAUAUGAGCCACAUCUGUAAUUUAAACUUUCCUAAUAACCACUUUUUAAAAAAAGGUUUCAUUGUGUAACCCUAGCUGCUUACUCUCUCUGUAGACCAGGCUGGUGAUAAACUCACAGAUCGUCCUGCCUCUGCCUCCUGAGUGCUGGGAUCAAAUGUGUGCACUAUACCCAGCUGAACACAUCUUUUAAACAUUUUUAAAGCAUAUGAUUUUAAUAUAUUUGCCAAAAGUACUAUUACUUUGAUAUAAAAUUAUUGAAAUUUUUUUUAGUUUUGGAAAACCUAUGUGUAUACUAAACACGUUUAGUUCAGACUGGCCACUUCAGGUCUCCGUGGCCCAGUGUGGCUAGUGGCUGUCAUGUUGGGGAGUGUGGCCCAGAUGUGGCUAGUGGCUGUCAUGUAGGAGAGUGCAGCCCAGAUGUGGCUAGUGGCUGUCAUGUUGGGGAGUGUGGCCCAGAUGUGGUUAGUGGCUGUCAUGUAAGACAGUGCGGCCCAGAUGUGGUUAGUGGCUGUCAUGUAGGAGUGCGGCCCAGAUGUGGUUAGUGGCUGUCAUGUAGGAGUGCGGCCCAGAUGUGGUUAGUGGCUGUCAUGUAGGAGUGCGGCCCUAUCACUCCUUCAAGCACAGAGCUGUGGCCAGUUCAUCUCACUGUGGCCAGUUCAUCUCACUGUGGCCAGCUCCCAGCGCUUAGGGCGAUGAUCUAGUUGUCAUUCCCGGGUCCUCUUUUUUAAAACAAUACUGGGGUAGAACACUCUACCACUGAGCUCAUCCCACGUAGCCCAGGCUGGCCCAGAACCUCUGCUUUCUUCCUUCUUCAUUGGAGUGCUGAGUUUGUAGCAGACGCCUCCACACCUUGCCUCAGGCCUCUAGCUUUUUACCCCUUCCUGAUAAUGACUGCUUCUCCCAGCCCCACCCCCACGGCUUGGCUUUGGGUCCAUCCCCUAAGACCAGUUUAGACUAGUAGGACAAAAGCUGAGAGCUGUCCCUGGGGAGCCUCAUCAGGCCUGGCUCCCUUCUUGACAGGGUUUGUGAUAGACCCCUGAAGCAGACCUUAAUCUCAGACUUUUUUCUUAAGAAGAGUUUCUGUUGAUGGCCUCACUCUGGCCCUUUCCACGUUCAAUGGAAACUUCCUGGUUGAACUGACAGUGAAAGCUGCCCCUCCAGUGAAGUCCAUCAUUAACAAAACAAAAGGCCGGAGACAGCCGGCCUGCAGCCCUUCCUGACAGCUGAACAGGGAGGCAGGGCUGAGUAAACUAUCUUAGUUACACAAAACCCCAUUUUUUUUUUUUAAUUUCGUGUGUUUGUGUGUGUAGUAGGGUCUUACUGUAUAGCCUGUGCUGGCCUCAAACUUGAUGCUCUUGCUCAGCCUUCCAGUGCUGAAAUUACAGGUUUGUGCAGCCAGCCGCACCUGGCAAGAGAAAUCUAACCUGGAAAUCUGUGAAGAACCUUUGGCCCUCAGGAGGGGGACUGGGGUGGAUCAGGGAGUUCUUCUGGCUGCACACAUGCCAUCCCAUGCACCUGAGCCUCAGAAUGCACCGUGAUCACAGAGGCCCUGUCCUCCCAGUGUGCGGUUGUGUUGGCUGGGCUGCUGGGGACCAUAGCCUGUCUCCUCACUUUAGUCCUGGGCCAUGCUUGCUUAAUGCUCUCCUGGAAUCCCAAGGGCCUGAGGCCUUAGGCUCUGCUGCGGUCUCCGCCCCCAGCAUGGUGCUCAAUAUCUCGGCCAAAUAAGUUCCUUUCCUUGAAUAUCCAGGAAUUUUAAACUAAAGCAGUGGGGACUAGUCACCUUGCCCUGGAACUCCAGUAUGACUGCCUUCGUGUUCCCUGUGUUGUCUGCUUUGAUGUAAAGCCCAGAGUGUCUGGAGCCAGAGGCCGCGGCAGGCUUCUGCUUUCACUCAGCAGUCCUGAUUUAGGCAUGUGUAGAUGAGCCAUGAGAUUUGUCCCGAGGAAGAGACUUAAAGACACAUGAAGUUUUUAGUCCUAAAUGCUGUUUUGUUUACUUUCUGUCAAGAUGAUAUUUACCCCUGUCAAAUUCAAACUAUCGUACUGUGUAAUUAUGUAUAAAGGUUUUUUUUUUAUUUAUUUGAAAUUAGAUUAGGUAUACAUUUUUAAAUUUAACAUCUGGCUGGACAGUGUUCUAUUAACUCAUUGAAUGUGUUUCCUUUGUCUUGUGUUAAUAAAUUUUGAUGCUUGA